AUGCGUGGAUUAAUCGUUCUGUCCUUCUUGGCAGCAGCAGCGGCUGUGCGUGCCGAUGUGGGCGGCUACAACUACGGAACCGGACAGAGUGGCACGUCUGGCGGCUCAUUCUCUGGUGGCUCCCUUUCGGGGGGUUCCCUUUCUGGCGGCUCUCUGUCUGCCGGAUCGCUGGGCUCCUCUGUGGGCUACUCGAAUGAGUACGCACCCGUAAACACCGACUUCAACAAGGAAUUCUUCACCUACACCGCCCCAGAGGCUGACUUUGAGGACAACAAGAGCGUCAGUGAUUUGGCCGCUUCGCUGAAGAAGAACCUGCGCGUGGUCUUCAUUCGUGCCCCCGAGAACAAGGGCCUGGAGAACGCCGCCCUGCAGCUGGCCAAGCAGGCAGCCGAGCAGCAGACCGCCAUCUAUGUGCUGACCAAGCAGGGCGACCUCUCCAGCCUGGCCAACCAGCUGCAGAACCUGAACCAUGUCAGUGCCAGCAAGCCCGAGGUGCACUUUGUCAAGUACCGCACGCCGGAGGAUGCUCUGAAUGCCCAGCGCACCAUCCAGCAGGAGUACGAGCGCCUCGGUGGCUCCUCUGCCUCUCACAAUGGAGGCGUUGCCCCCGUGCUGGACUUUACCUCCAAGCGCCAGCAGCAGUUCCAACAACAGCAACAGCAGCAGCAGCAACACCAACAGCAGCAAGUGCAGCUGGUGGAUGAGCGUCGUGCCUCCAAUAUCAAUGUCGCCUCGUCUGGCAGUGUGUCGAACAUUGGCGCUGAGCUGGAGGCCCCAUCCGCAGCCUACAUCCCACCCGCGGCGGCCGCGCCUCAGGCCACUUACUUGCCUGUGAACAAGGUCAAAUAGUUGCCACAAGUCUCUAGCCUUAUUAACAAAUUAGCCAAAUUGUGGAGUACCCUCCCA